CACAUCACAGAGGAAAAAGCUUGAGAAAUCAACACAGACCUGCAGGUCAUAUAGUCGUAGAUAUAUCUACUACUGAAGUACACGUUUAAGUACUGAUCUGUAGAAUGGGGGGACUGACUCUGACCCUGCUGCUGCUGUGUCUGUCUGGGACUCUCAGUGAAGAUGCUGGAGAAGACAACCUCAAUGACAUCAUGGUACAGAUUCAGUCUGAACAGGGACAGGACAUAGAGAAUGAAUACAAGGCUCAUAACCAACACUCUGAACAGGAACAGGACAUAGAGAAUGAAUACAAGGCUCAUAACCAACACUCUGAACAGGAACAGGACAUAGAGAAUGAAUACAAGGCUCAUAACCAACACUCUGAACAGGGACAGGAUAUAGAGAAUUAAUACAAAACUCACAACCAACACUCUGAACAGGGACAGGACAUGGAGAAUGAAUACAAGACUCACAACCAACACUCUGAACAGGGACAGGACAUGGAGAAUGAAUACAAGGCUCAUAACCAACACUCUGAACAGGGACAGGACAUGGAGAAUGAAUACAAGGCUCAUAACCAACAGGUAGAGACUGCAGCCACUACAACAACCCAAUCAGGAUGUGAGCCUACCAUCCACACUGUGAUGAGAGAACUGGGGGCAAUAGAGGAGCGACUGGGAGCAACAGUUAGGUCAUUGGAAGGCAUGAGAAACAGGCUGGAAGCCAGUGAGAGCCAAGUUAGGUUGUUAAACGCCACAGUGAAUGAACUGAAGAGAUUCAAUGAAGACAGGCCCCAGGUGGCAUUCUCAGCUACUUUAGGAAUUUCUGGAACCAUUGGACCUGUCAGCAAUGAAAUCACUCUGGUCUUCCAGCGUGUUCUAUCAAACAUUGGAAAUGCCUACAAUCCAACCACAGGCAUCUUUACAGCACCAGUGAGAGGACUCUACCAUUUCACCUUCACAGCUUUUGACUGGGGAUGGACUACAAUGACAGGGGCAAGCUUACGUCGUAAUGGACAGCUAAUGGUCUCUGUGUAUGAUGAGAAAGAAGGGGGUUCCUCUGAGUCGUCAUCCAAUAGCGCUACCUUCCUGCUACAAGUGGGAGAGCAGGUGUAUGUUGCUCUCUGGAGACAUGGACAUCGGAUAUCUGACAAUGAAAAUCACUACUCCUCAUUUAACGGUUUCCUGCUCUUUCCCAUAUGAUGUAAAGAUGAUGAAAUAUGUUCAAUAUGUUUUUCUGAUCAAUCACAUACAUCUUAAAAAUUUGACAUAGAAUAUAGUAAGUGUGUGCUUUUAGAAAUGCAAGAGGGACAUCCUGUAUUUUUUCUCAUUAGAUGUAAUAAUUUAGAUUUUUUAUAAAAAAUAAUGCAUUUUAUUGAAACAAAUAGUCAGGAUUUCUGUACAAGUAACUGCGUGUCACGAACCGGCUCAAAGCCCUUAACAAAAGGGAGACAACGUGGAGAUAAGGAGUAACAAAACAUAUAUUUAUUAAAUAAAGUAAAGUACAAUAUACAAUGGUGUGUGUAAUCAGUAAUCAGUAGUGUAAGUGAGUGUUUUGCAUGCAUGAAUGUGAUAAUGCAGGGUGUUGAAAGGUGCCAAAGCAAACAAGCAAAAACCACCAAGAUACACAACAAAAUCUAUAAAGGUGUCUGCAUGGAGAGAGACUCCCCUAUGAAUGGGGAAGUGGUGUAUUUAUCCUGGGACACACCGGGCCCAGGUGUUUCCCAUGUAGCUGACGACCCUCCCAACUCCGCCCACCGGCAUCCUAAUAAGGAAACAAGAACAAAUAGAGAAUACGGCAGACACAGGGUCGUCACAUCCCCCCCAUAAAACCGGGGACCAACAAGGACCCCGGAACAUACCGGCCCCUGCGUCCCCAAAUUGCCUUUUAUUGAGAUGACUCAUGUACUGAAGGCAGCUCUGCAGAGUGGUCACUAGCUAGCUCAGCCAAAAAGUUAUAAAAUCAAAUUUAAACCUUAUCCUAAUCUUAAUCCUAACCUUAACCACACUGCUAAAC